GGGGCGGCCCCGGCGAGCUCUGCCCGCUGCGCGGCCCUGCCGGCGGGGCGGGGCCCGGAGCUCCGCGGAGCUCCGCGGAACCGCGUACGCCGCGCCGCCUCCGCCCGCCCCUUCCCGGCGGGAAGUGCCCGGCUCGCACAGGCCCGCUCGGAGCGCAGGGGGAGCGGCGGCGGCGCCGGCAGCGCUGCGGCCAUGAACGCGGAGAACCAGGGCUGCAGCGAGCGGCUGGUGACGGCGGCCUACGUGCGCCAGGGGGCGCAGGGCCGCCGCGCGCACGAGCUGCGCCUGCGGGCGCUGCUGGAGCAGGGGAAAUGUCCUGAAGAUGGAUGGGAUGAAAGCACCAUUGAAUUGUUUCUUCAUGAACUUGCUAUAAUGGAUAGCAAUAACUUCCUGGGCAACUGUGGUGUUGGUGAGAGGGAAGGAAGAGUGGUGUCAGGACUUGUUGCCCGAAGGCAUUACAGAUUGAUCCAUGGAAUUGGAAGGUCAGGUGAUAUUUCUGCAGUACAGCCUAAAGCUGCAGGUUCAAGCCUUUUGAACAAACUCACUAAUUCAGUAGUUCUGGAUGUUAUAAAACUGGCUGGUGUCCGGACAGUGGCCAGUUGCUUUGUGGUUCCUAUGGCAACAGGCAUGAGUCUAACUCUGUGUUUUUUAACUUUGAGGCACAAGAGACCAAAGGCAAAGUACAUUAUCUGGCCACGUAUAGACCAGAAAUCUUGCUUUAAAUCAAUGAUAACUGCAGGUUUUGAGCCUGUGGUGAUAGAAAAUGUGUUAGAAGGUGAUGAGCUAAGGACAGACCUCGAAGCAGCGGAGGCCAAAAUCAAGGCUCUUGGUGCUGAAAAUAUUCUUUGUGUGCAUUCUACAACAUCCUGCUUUGCUCCAAGGGUACCUGAUAGGCUGGAGGAGCUGGCUGUGAUUUGUGCUAAUUAUGACAUUCCACAUAUUGUCAACAAUGCAUAUGGAGUUCAGUCUUCAAAAUGUAUGCAUCUUAUCCAGCAGGGUGCUCGAGUUGGCAGAAUAGAUGCAUUUGUUCAGAGCUUGGACAAAAAUUUUAUGGUUCCAGUAGGUGGUGCUAUCAUUGCUGGCUUCAACGAAUCCUUCAUUCAGGAGAUCAGCAAAAUGUAUCCAGGAAGAGCAUCUGCAUCUCCUUCUUUAGAUGUCCUCAUUACACUUCUGUCUCUGGGAACCAGUGGCUACAAAAAGUUACUGAAAGAGAGAAAGGAGAUGUUUUCAUAUCUUUCAAGUGAACUGAAGAAGCUGGCAGAUAACCACAAUGAGAGACUGUUAGACACACCACAUAAUCCCAUUUCCUUAGCCAUGUCACUGAAGAAUCUAGAUGAAACUAAUGAUGCUGCUGUUACCCAGCUUGGAUCUAUGCUUUUCACAAGACAAGUUUCUGGAGCAAGAGUUGUUCCCUGUGGGUCUGUACAAACUGUGAAUAACUACACUUUUAAAGGCUUUAUGUCACAUGCAAAUGACUAUCCUUGUGCUUACCUCAAUGCUGCCUCAGCAAUUGGAAUUAAAAAGCAAGAUGUUGAUGUAUUCCUAAAAAGACUUGACAAGUGUUUGAAGACUUUUAGAAAAGAAGCAAAGCAAGAAAAAAGUAUAAAUGAAAUAAGUGAUGCUAACACAGCCACAGAACAACUCGAAGACUAGAAGACACAGAUUUAGUAACACAGGAAGAUAAGGUUUUGUCAGAAGUAUGUCAGCUUUGUAUUGGGUUAGGACUGUGCAUCUGCAGUGCAGAAAUCUGUUCUUGAUCUUAUAUUCUUCUUACUGAAAACAGUAAUAAAAAUUUGGGUGGAAUUCAGCUUUGAAAAAGUAGGUUAUACUUUCUCCAAGAACAAAGGACCAGACUCAAGUUUUUUGCAAUAUAUGAAAUGCACUUAAUAUCUGCCAAAGUACAGCUUUAUGUUCACAAAUACCUAGAAUUUGCCUUUCAAUAUAUUUUGGCUAUUUGGACCAGUUUUUACUAAAUCACUGUGUGUUUAUUCACAUCUUUUGUUUAACAAUAUUGUCUGUGAUGGUGACUGAAUUCCCUUCUAGAUAUAGACCAUCCAAGCAGCACAUCUCUGCUCUCAAAAAAUACUUUGUUUUUCCUCAAUGAAUGUGUCACUUGUAAUUUCUUUUCAAAGAUUUAUGCAAAUGUUGGUAUAGCACUUACUAAUAGUGUUCAAACUGCAUGAGUAAAUGACAGAGUUGGAAUAGUAAUGUUUUUCAGGUGUUCUCACCUGUCAUGAGUUACCUAGAACCAGUCAGCUCCAGUGACAAAGAAGAACCUAGAGUACCUCAUAUCCUGUCAGUACUCAGCUCUUGAAAACAUUUGCAUAGUUCAGCAGCCCAAUGGAGCUUUAAUACUGUCAGGAAGUGGUACAGUCAUUGAGAGUUUUGGCUUUGUUUUAUUUCUUUUUCUUCUCAUUUGAUAGGGUAACAGUUCAAAAACUCACUGAAAAGGAGGAAUGUCAUGUAGGACUAAUGCAUCAGUUUUAAGAGCCAAUAAGACCUGAGAGUAUUUCGGUAUUUUUAGUCUGUUGUUGAAAUUUAUAUACUUCCCUUUUUAUAGUGUCUCUUGCCAUUGGCACUGUUGCUUCUGUGGAUCUGUGCAGUUGCUGAUUUGAAUUCAUUAAGCAAACAAUAGAUUCAAAGUAUGUUCCUCAAACAAAGGUUCCAUAUCACUGGAGUGACAGUGCUGCAAGUUGCAAAAUGUGUAGCUAUUCUUAUAUAUUGUACAUAGCUUCUAUGUAAUUUAGUGUUCAAAGUAAGCAUAAUGUUCAAAAACAUUUUCUUUGUCUGUAAUGUGGUGUUGUUCACUAGUAAUGUUGUUCAUUAAUGAGUUCUAAAUGUCAGGAAAUGUUUUAGUCACUUUAUUGGGUGGGAUCUGAGACAUGUACCCUUCAGAGUCCUCUGUAAAUCACGUAAUCAAAAUAGUUGUGCUUUUGAGAGAUUCUGUCCAGCACAUUCAAAUGAUGUUAGGGGAUGCUAGUAUGUGGGAGUUAAUAAUGUGCUAAUCAUCAUGAAAGUGCUCUCAGUUGAUGAGGUCCAUUGUAUCUUCAGCUUGAGUUGAACUGCUGCUUGCACACUGUUAUUGCUGGAGUUACAUGUUAGAUUGAUUCAAGUUUGUGCAGGUACAGCUCCCCAGACUGCAAUCACCAUUGUUGUUUGCUGUACAAACACAUCCUAGGAGACACUCAGGUAACUUGGCCACUGAACCCUUGUGGCUGUAAGGAGAUGGAAAUAGCUUCUCUUUUCUUUCUCUCUUUCUUCUACCCUCCCUGCUUCCCCCUCUCCCCCCUUUUUUUUUUUUUCUUUUUCUUUAAUGAGAGCAUGCUGUACCUUAGUUUUUCCAGUCUGUAAGAUUUGCACAAACUUUGGAGCCACAUCUCUACAGCUCGCUGCCUCAAUAUUCUGUAUAUUGGAGCAGCCAGUGAAAACCACUAGGCCUUAGUGAUACCUUUCUUCCUGGUUUUUGGUAUUAGUAUAAAUUAUUAAUUUAGAUGACCUGUUAUAGAAUGUGAAUGUUAGCACUAUCACUACAAGAGUUUAGGGAGAUGUGUGAUAGCAGCUAAAAUAAGCAUUUUGAUGAGUAGUAUCCUGAUUUUGAAUAAAGAAAACAGCAGUUGCCUCUGAGAGGAAGACAUUUCUGUCUUUUUUGGUCUCAUAAUAAAUUGUCUGCUGAAAGUAAUUCAGUCAGUUCUAGCACAGGUAUUGAACUGCUUCCUCGAUUAGUGUUUUUUUUCUGUCUUUGAAAUGUAUCCCAUUUGCAAUCAAAGCUGAAAAUUUCAACAAAGCUCUAAACAAGAGUUCAUAGGCCUAAGUAGUUUUUGAUUUUUACUUCUUAAACCUUUUUGAUUAAAAAGAUAAGGGGAUGACUUUAAUUGAAAACAAAUAUAAAAUUUAAUUUGUGUCAUUUAAGUUCACAGAUCUUAGUGAAGCCACCUGAAGUGAGAAAAUCUAAAAUAUUUUGAGAAAUGUGUCUCACCACAAUGUGUAAGCUCUUGAACUAAGUAUUCAUGUUAUAUUGCUUUGUUAAGCUUUUGUACCAGUUUUCAGUUUUGUUUGCUUGCUUUACCCCCAUAAAUGUCUUCAGUUUUAAUUAAUCAUAGAGACAUUAGAGACAGAACCAUACUAUAAUGUCACAUAAAUGUAAGGAAAUUUUAAGUAAUUCAAAUGGCAACAUCCUUCCAAGUAAAUGGAGGAGACAUGGUUCUUUACAGCAUAUUUGAAACAGGAGGUUCAGUUGAGGAUAAAGUAUUUUUCAAGUAAGAGUAUAAAUUUCUUAUUCUCUAUUCAAUAAUGUCUAUAAUAAAGUAGUGAAAUAACACUGAAGCAUGUACCCAUGAGCAGAGGUUUCAUUUCCGUUGUAUAACAGUUACAGGGAGAUUUCAUGGCUAUGGCAGCUCUCACCCACUAAUAAAAGCAGUGCUGUGAGAGAUGGCAGUGGCACAGGCAUAUAUCAAACUGCAGUGUAAAACAAAUAAUGAACACAUUAGCAGUAUUUGCCUUCUAUGAAGAUCUUUCCAAGAUUGAACAGUGAAGUAGAAAAGCUUAAUUUGCAGCACUUUUUCUAAUCUCUGUGUACACAUAUCACUGAAGACUUUCACAUGGCUCAAAAGUCUGUAAGAGCCAACUUGCCUCCUGCUUCUACAUUAUGAGGGAGACAUCUGGGAAGGCUGUCUGGGCUUCAGAACAUAGGGUUCACAGAGCAGGAAUCCUUAGCAGAAACACCAGGGAGAGAUGCCUAUUUAGUAGGGCUGUCUCACAGCUACUAUUUAUGUGGGUACCUUUCUCCAUCAUCUUCUAGGUCACAGCUUGUGGUUAGGGUGCAUGGGUAGGCAGAGACUGCUCAGCUUGCUGCAAUCUGAAUCAUCAAAGUGACUUCCCCUCCCUUACAGGGCCUGCAACUGUUAUGUGAGGUGCUUUUCUUUUCCUCUGAUGUUGCAUCUUAGACUAUCUGGAUCUAUACAGGUGGAAGAAAUGAGGGAGCAGAUGGCUGUGCCUUAUAAAAAUAGCACUGGGAUAAUAUAGUGCAAGUGAACUGACACUGAAUGACCCAUCUCACAGGCCCACUCUUAGUUUACUUUUUUUUUUUUUUUUUUUUGUAGUAUCUGAGUUAAUCAACAAAACAAAGGACUUGGAGCAAUACUAUUGCCUAUUUGUGCUUUGUUCGUAACAAUUGCCUAAGAUACAAAGCAAAUAAAAUCUACCAGAUGCAGCAAAUUCUCUUGAGCCUAAGAAAGCAAAAUUGUAAUGUUGCAAAUGUAAAUGCUGGCAUUGCAGCUUAAUACACAUAUAAACCGAGCAAUCUAUAUUGUGUGAUCAUCAUUUUUUAAGAAAGGCUGGAGCCCAGAGACUAGCAAAUGUUCUCAUCUGCAGUGUAUCAGCAGUUCUCAGUCUUCAGCUGCUGUACAGAUAAUAAUUCUAAUUGAAGAAUCAUUACAUGGAUCCAUAUGUGAAUGAUAGAUGGGCUACAGCUUUUGUUCAUGAUACUUUAAAGACUGAGUUGCUGCUUUUACUUUUAUAAGGGGAGAUUAGAUUGCCUUUUCCUCCCCCCUGCUUUUGUUUUUAAUGCAACAUUUUAAUCACCCUGGUCUGACAGAAUUUGGAAUCUGAAGGGAAAACAAUUUCUAUAGCUGACAAUUUAUUUAAACAAUAGCUAUUUAAACCCUUGAAUUGGUUACAAAGUGACACUCCAUGGAGAACCUUUGUUUAAAUGUUUUUAAUUCUGAAACUAGUGCUUGAAAAAUGGUGUUCCAUGUGCUCUGUAAUAAUUGUUUUUCAUAUAUUAUACUUUUUUUCUCCUCAAAGAUAACAGCAUACACUUUAGUGCAGUUUAAUAAUCCUUUUUAAAAACCGUAGUUAAAAAGGCAUUUGCUCCAUCACUCAUCAAGCAUCUGUUGUAUCAAAGAACUGGUAAUAUAUUUAUCUUAAUGGAUAAGCUUCAGUGUUCUGAACCAAGCUCAGUUUAACUGGACCAAGCUUUCAAUACUCCUUUGGGCAUCCUAAAGUCAAGUUCAUAAUCUAAUUAAGAUGGGUGUGAUAAUUAUAUCUACUGCUGAAUAGGAGUCUUUCAUCAAACCAUAUUUCAACUAAAUUCAAAGCUGAUCCAGUUCAGAAGCUGAAUUAAUUUCUUAACGUGGAUGGUGAAAUUUAAUUUGCCUUUAGAUCUUGUAUUCCAAUCCAGGCUGAGUCAGUUAUAGCAGAACUAUAACUGUUUGAUUUUUAACACAAUGUGAAUAGAAGGAAUACAGCUGUUUGAGCUGGGUGCUACCUUUCCUAUUACUCAAAGGGCUGCAAACGUUGGGCUACUGUCUUACACCUGCUGCUGUUUGGAGGGUGGUGUUGGUCAUUUACACACAUGAUGACAGCAGUAGAGGUGUGUUUGUUGUUGAUAUUUUUCUAGACAUCCCAAGUAGGAAUACACCACGUAGGAAUUCAAGAUGAACUCAUAGCAUUUUUACUAAUCUGUUUUCUCCAAAAACUCUUUCUGAGGCAAAUUUCUUGUGAUUGAAGUGUGCCAGAGGAGCACAUGGCCAGAAUACAGGGAAAAGGAGCAACACCUCCAACAUUUUUGAAGCUUUCUACAUUGGUUAUAUGAGUUUGGCUCUUGUGACAUAUAAAGCUCAUAUUGCUAUGGAAACUCAUGUAAAGAAUGUUUGCAGCCAUUCUUGUCCCUUAACUAUUUCAGAGGCAUUCUGUAGGCACUGGGGCAGGUGCCCUGCUGCAGCAUUGCAGCUGGUAGUUCACAGGUGCAGCCCUGAACUCUGGCUGCAGGAGAAUUCGGUGCCCAGUAAGGGAAAGCAUUGCUGCUUUGCUUUGAUGUUGGGCUGUCAAGCACAUGUGAAGUAGAACUAGUUUGCAUACACAGCUACUGUUUAGGAGUUAAACCUGCAACUUUCUGGAGUCUGAGGAGCUGCAGAAGGGAAAAGAGCUUAGUUUGAUCUGCAAUAUGUCAAAUUGAGAAAUGUAGCUGUUGAGGGAAAUUAUGUCUGUUAUUUUCUAUAGAAAUGUGUUUUUAAAAAAUUGUAACGUACUGUAUUAUCUAUCUUGAUUAAAUACAAGUCUGCUUGUUAUUCUCAUUGU